GGUGUAAAACGGGGCCCGGAGCGGCAACGGCCUCCGAGCGGCAGAUGGCGCUGUGAGCGCGUGUCUGCGGAAGCGGCGCGGGCCGCGCUGACCCAGUUCCGGCGGCGGCGGCGGCGGUGGCGCAGGGAGCCGAAUCCCGGGAGCUGGCGGCUUGUGGGGCACCAUGCCAUAUGCCAACCAGCCCACCGUGCGGAUCACGGAGCUCACCGACGAGAAUGUCAAGUUCAUCAUUGAGAACACGGACCUGGCGGUGGCCAACUCUAUACGGAGGGUCUUCAUCGCCGAGGUGCCCAUAAUAGCCAUUGACUGGGUUCAGAUUGAUGCCAAUUCCUCAGUCCUUCAUGAUGAGUUCAUUGCCCACAGACUUGGACUAAUUCCCCUCACUAGUGACGACAUUGUGGACAAGCUGCAGUACUCCCGGGACUGCACGUGUGAGGAGUUCUGCCCCGAGUGCUCGGUGGAGUUCACCCUUGACGUGCGCUGUAACGAAGACCAAACUCGUCAUGUCACGUCUCGAGACCUCAUCUCCAACAGCCCCCGGGUCAUUCCAGUGACCUCCCGGAACCGAGAUAAUGACCCCAAUGACUACGUGGAACAGGACGACAUCCUUAUUGUCAAGCUAAGGAAAGGCCAGGAGCUAAGACUUCGAGCCUAUGCCAAAAAGGGCUUUGGCAAGGAGCAUGCCAAGUGGAACCCUACUGCAGGUGUGGCUUUUGAAUAUGAUCCUGACAAUGCCCUGAGGCACACAGUGUACCCCAAGCCCGAGGAAUGGCCAAAGAGUGAGUACUCUGAGCUGGAUGAAGAUGAGUCCCAGGCUCCCUACGACCCCAACGGCAAGCCAGAGAGGUUUUACUACAACGUGGAGUCCUGUGGCUCUCUGCGUCCCGAAACAAUUGUCCUCUCAGCCCUCUCUGGAUUGAAGAAGAAGCUGAGUGAUUUACAGACCCAGUUAAGCCAUGAGAUCCAGAGUGAUGUCCUAACCAUAAACUAGCGGCAGCUCACCUGUUUUGGCAGAAAAGGGGUGGGGGGGAGUCUAGGCCAGCA